AUGCCUAUACUCACCACGAUGGCCAAGCAGGCUGUAUCGUGCCGUCUCCGCGGCGCAGAGAUUCUGCAGAGCCCACGAUGGAACAAGGGCACGGCGUUCACGGCGGAAGAGAGGAGCCAGUUUGGUAUCAGAGGAAGGCUACCCAUCGGUAUCGAUAAUCUCGACCAGCAAUGCGAGAGGGCGUACGAUCAGUACAAGUCCAGAGAUACCGAUAUCCUCAAGAACUCGUUCCUCCAGAGUCUGAAAUCCCAAAACUGGACACUCUUCUACGCACUCCUCUCCCGCCACACGUCCGAGAUGUACCCCAUCAUCUACACACCUACCGAAGCCGAGGCGAUUUCGGAGUAUUCGCACCUCUUCCGGAGGUCCGAGGGGCUGUUCCUAUCGGCGCCGUAUGAGGAUCAGAUGGAGGAGGACUUCUUGGAUGCUGUUGAGGGAAGAGAGCUGGAGUUGAUAGUCGUUUCGGACGCUGAGGCUAUUCUGGGCAUUGGAGAUCAGGGAUCCGGCGGUAUUGGUAUCUCAGCCGCUAAAGCGGUCAUAUACACCCUUGCAGCUGGUAUAGAUCCCGCUAGCGCGCUCGCGGUAACCCUCGACGUGGGAACCAAUAAUGACGAUUUGCUCAAGGAUGAGCUGUAUCUCGGAUACCAGGAGAAGCGUAUCCGAGGGGAGAAGUACGAUCGCUUCGUGGAUAAGUUCGUCGGCCUUGUUCGGAAACAUCAGCCCAACUGCCUUUUGCAUUUCGAAGACUUUGGGGUGUCAAAUGCCAACAGACUUCUGAACAAGUACAGGGACAAGCACUCAGUCUUCAACGAUGAUGUCCAAGGCACAGGAGCAGUGACCUUACGGAGAGCAAGGCAAGCUCCCGCUUCUAUAGAGGCUGACCCUCAGCUCAAAGACCAACGCAUUGUCAUCUUCGGCGCAGGAUCCGCCGGGAUGGGCAUCGCUCGCCAGCUCCGAGACGCCAUCAAGAUCGACGAUGGCUUGUCUGCUGAAGAAGCGGCAAAGCGGUUUUGGAUGGUAGACAGGGAUGGGCUACUGCGGAAAGAGCUAGGCGACAAGAUUCGGGAUGAGAUCGAGACCGACUUUGUGAGGAAGGAGAAGGACUGGGAAGGGGCAGAUGCGGGAUUGGCGGCAGUAAUCAAGAGGGUGAAGCCUACGGUGUUGAUCGGAACAAGUACGAGUCACGGGGCGUUUUCAGAGGAGAUCGUUCGCGACAUGUCGAAAAAUACCGACCGGCCGAUCAUCUUCCCUCUCAGUAACCCGAUCAGCAAGUGUGAGGCGGAACCGAAAGACCUCUUCAAGUGGUCGGACGGCAAAGCGCUCAUCUCGACCGGAUCGCCCUUCCCGCCCGUCAAGAUUCCGGGCUCCGACAAGGAGUACAUCGUCGCUGAGUGCAACAACGCCUUGAUAUACCCCGGUCUCGGACGCGGAACGAUCCUCUCGAAAGCAAAAUUCAUGACGGACAAGAUGAUCGUGGCGGGUGCGAACCGCUUAGCGGAACUGGCACCGGCUAUGAAGGAUCAUACACAGGCGCUUCUUCCUGAUUUCGGAGAUGCUGCAUCGGUCAACUUUGAAGUCUCGCUCGCCGUGCUCGACCAGGCUAUCGAGGAGGGAGUGGCGAAAUGCGAUGUGCCGAAGGAGGACAGGCGGAAGUGGGCAGAAGAGCAGCUCUGGGUACCGCGGUAUCAGGAUUACACGUAUGAUCCGAAAGGAGAGGCUUAG